AUGGUCCCCGCUGCUUCCCAGGCUUUGCUUUACUCGGAUUUUGAACAAGCCGCACUAUUGCCUGGUUUCCAAAGUGGUCAGGAAGCUACUCGAAGAGGUGAAGAUUUUCUUCAGCCCACACGCCCUUCAAGUCGCCUUGGUUUCAACCGGACCAUCUUAUCGACAAACUCGCCUGAGGCGUUUCCUGAUUCAAGAGCAGUACAAUGGUCCCAUAGUUUAUUCCAAAGCGUCGGUAUUUCUGAUCUGCGUUUGUCUUCCAUUAAACCUCACCUUCAAGCAAAGGCGGACGUAAAGGCAAUGGAACCCGCAACCCUGACGCCAGUGGGUACAGGCCAAGAAUGCCAGACACUCAAUGCCAACAACCCCAAGUCUCAAGAUUUCGUUCGUAAUUCUGUUUCGCGUGAUUGCAUUGGAUCGCCGGUAGCUCCUAGCAAAUCUCCCAAGGGUCCACCACCCCCUGUGUCCCGACUAUGUUUCCCCUUCGUUACGACAUCUUCCCGCCGCAACAAAGCGCCCCCGUCCCCACCUCCCACCCGCCAUAAAUAUUCAUGUUUCCCUUCUCCGAUGUCUCCUUCUUCGACUGGUCGUUCUUUGCCUAAACAUCAACGUCAUAAUUACCGUCAACACGGGUACUCGCGUCUUGCACUUCAACAAAUCAAAUGGUUUUGGUCCACACGAGAGGAAGACUGGGAGGGUUACACUAUGUAUCAUCAUGAUGCAUUGCCGUACGAAGGUGUUCCCCCUAAAGGCAAUCAGUCCCUUCCUACAAGCCGCCCCUCAACACCGCCGCGGUUAUUGCAAACAGAUGUCUUUUCUGAAGAUCUACCUUCGUUGACUAUUCAUCCUCGACGUGGAGAUAUAUCCGCAUUGAGAGAUCCAUAUUGUGUGCAUAUAGACCGCUGUUUUGCUAACGUGCCAACUUGGACAAUUGGCAAGACAAUUUGGAUGCACGAAAUGCAUAUGGUGACCGAUGAACGGAACACGGAUUUCCGACUUUCAUCGCACGAAGAUGUAUCGGACGCGGAAUCGGAAUGCGAAUUUGAGAUGUCGACCUCGACUGGCUUCAGCGACGAUUCAGACUCCACACUUGUAGAAAGCGAAAGUGAAACGGAUCUUCCAAAUAUCUUGGCCAGCAAACUCGAUAUCAAAGCCAGCAACCAGUUUGAAUCAGGACAACUGUUUGAGGGAGGUUCUUCGUUGUUGAUAGGCUCGCAUUUACCCUGCAACAUUUCGAACUUGGACGUUGGUCACUGGUUCCGGACUGUUAAUGUUCUUCAUGCUAAGGCGUCACCGAGAUUCACUGCUCGUACGAAAAAAGGCCGACCACUAAACUGGUACCGACGCUGGGAACUUCUCGUGGAACUAUCUCGAGGUGCUUGGGACCGAACGCAUCAGUUCUUUGAGACACCAGCGCCUGCUCCUCUUUUGGAAUAUGGACUCUGUGCAAGUAACACACGACGAUUUUUCCUGAUGCACAAGGAGAUGGACUCGGAAGAUGAUGCUUAG